AUAAAAAGGAGAAAAAGCCUGCCAGUUCUGAAAUAGUGAAUUCAGAGUCAAGAGCUGAGCAUGGGCACAAACUAAAGUCUACAAAGUUAUGUUUUCUCAAAAUAACUUCAUGAGAGAUGGCCCCUCACGGGUUUCCAAUCUGCUUGACCAAGUACAUAGGUCACGAUUUGUUAUCCCAGUUCUGGGACUGCUAAAUGUUGUGCUGCUGGUGACUGCUGUGGUUCUGGGGAUUUACUGUAGCAAGACCCAGGAGGUAUACCUGCAACCUCUGCAGAGUUCAGAACACCUUCCCUACAUCCUGGAGCUCAACUACCUCCGGGAAAACCACAGCGAAGGCGUCAAAGCUACGAAGGCGGCUGAGUUGGCCUUGAGGCUGGAGGUGUCAAAGCAUGACGCCCUCAAAGAGCAGUUGGAGAAGCAGACCAGCCUCAACGAUGGCUCCCAGAGCCACAUUAACAGGGCUCGCGCGGAGAAGGACAAACUACUCGCUGCUGAUCAGCACAUGGAAAAGUCCUGCGGUCGUUGCCAGGAAGGCUGGGUUCUCCUAAAUACAAGCUGUUACUUCUUUUCCAACGUUCUAACGAACCAACCGAUCAAGAAAAACUGGCCAGAUAGCAGGCAGGACUGCAUCAGUCGAAAGGCAGAACUUGUGGUGAUAGAGAGCUGGGAGGAGCAGGAAAUGUUGAACGACAACGUCCCAAAAAUUACCACCGUUGGUGGUGGUUGGUGGGCGAGUGGGUUUUGGAUGGGCUUGACGGAGAUCUCUGACAACAGAUGGGUCUGGACUCACAACGUUAACCUCCAACCACCGUUCUACUGGAGGGAUGGGGAACCGAACAGGGAGGAUGAGAACUGUGCUGCUUUCUACCCGGGCAGAGAUGCAACACAUACGUGGUAUGAUGGACCCUGCCACAGACAUGAGUAUUACUGGAUGUGUGAGAUGAAGCUUAAUGAACAAUGUAUUGGAAGUCUUGAGAACACACUGGGUGCCUGCGGUAGGACUGUGCAGCUGCUUAUGCCGACCCUUCUGCACUCCCUGAACGCUCCCAUCCAAACCACCAACAUGGAGAUCCCACCGAAGGCGGCUCGCACAUAUGGCAACAUCAACGAUAAAUCGAGUGAUGAAGAGGAUUUCGCGGAUACACAGAACCAAAAUGUGUCUAUCUCUGUAGGAAGCCAUGGUGUGAGAUCCGAAAAAGCAGCAGUAGUGUGCUUAAUCGUGCUUGCCGUUGUUCUGUUCACUGUAGAUGUGAGCCUGGGAAUCUACUACAGCCAGCAGACAGACGCUAUGCCUCAGACCAGCGAGGGGUUUCAAAAAAUCUUAAAAAAUUACCACAGCACAGUUGAGUCCCGAAACAGUGCGGUCCGGCAGCUGGAGAAAGAAAAGAGGCAGAUUGAGGUGACGAGGUGGGAGUUGGAGCACCAGAAGAGAAGAGGCAGAGACUACAACACAAUACUCGACAAGGCUAACCAGGAGACUGCAGGACUGCAGACCAAAGUGAAUCUCAUGACGAUGGACUGUGGACAUUGUUUACCAGGUUGGACUUACAUCCUAUCCAGAUGUUUCUACCUGUCUAGGACCAACCAAGCGAAGAGAUCCUGGACGGAGGCUAGAGGUGUCUGUAAGAGGAUGGGAGCCGACCUGGCCGUCGUAGACAGCAGUGUGAGACAGUCGACGUUGCACAUGCAUAUACAAGACAGGAGCGAUCCCGGUACAUCUCUGUACCAUGCAGCUUACUGGAUCGGACUGAGAGACGUGGAGGAGGAAGGCGUCUGGAAGUGGUUGAAUGGAAAGAUGCUUGUGGAUAGCUUUUGGCAUAAUGGAGAGCCAAACGAUCAGGGUAGUUCGGGAGAAGACUGCGCAGGCAUCUAUCCCGGGGUGAACCCCUUCAGCGCCUGGAACGACGUUCCCUGUACGCAUCCGCUCAAAUGGAUUUGUGAAAUGGACUCUCAAGACCUGUAAUUAUCACCCUACGAUUCAAUGACUUGUGGUUGUGGAUUCAUACCGACUUGAUUAUGUUGUUGAGGUCACACGGGAAAAAUAUUUUAUCGUGUUCAAAUAUCAGACCAAACAAACAAAGAUCAAACUCAAAGAAUAAAUCAUUUAUUGAAAUUAA